AUGGCGAGUAAACUGUCUAUUCGCAAGGCACAGGUACACGUGCCGGACACGUGUGCAUGGUGUGAUAGUGUACAGGACGUUAACUGGUACUGUAAUGACUGUCAGGAGGCUUUGUGUGACAAAUGUAAGGAGACCCAUCAGCGUGCGAGGAGGACCAGAAAUGAUGACGUUGUACUGAUAAAACAGGCGAACAAACAAGGCGAUGUGGUACUACCAGAAGCAGCGAUAGAUUCUAUCGUCACCUCAGUCUUGGCCGAAUUAUCAUCUUUGUUAGAGGAAGAAGACAAACUCCUAAAACAAGACUGUCUACCUGAUGAGACCAAAGUGACAAAAAUAAAACAGUUGAUCAGAGAAUUAGAGCAACAGUCAGAAAAUCCAUCCGGUAAAGCAUUGUUUGAGCUUACGGGAAAGCUACGGACAUCUGUACCGCUGUAUGAUGUUACCGAGGACAGUAAAUUACCAUGUCCAUUUAGCUUUGUAACUGGUCGAUAUAACACAGAACAGCUGCAUUUGAUGAUAGGACACAUUAAGAAAUCGGCUUGUAGUGCAAAAAAAGAAGUAAACAGUCAACAUGUCCGAACUCUUUCUGCAUUCCAUGUCACUCAAAAAUGCUCCAUCACAUCAAUAUGUUGUACAGACGACACCCGUGCCUGGAUAGCAGCAUUCGGAUCUAAAAAUAUAAUCCAAGUUGAUAAUAAGGGGAUUGUCACAGAGACAGUUAAGCUGGAUUCGGAACCGCGGAGUCUGGCUUUCACAUACACAACAAACCUACUUAUGACACGUCGAGAUAUUUCAUCUCUAAUACACAAACUGACCAAAGACAAGCAAGUAAGGAUAUUUGCUGACGUUAGUCCAUUAAUUGCCUGGAAUAUAAGUGUCAGCGAAAAUGAAGUGUUUGUUAGCACUGACAAGGCCACUAUAUUGGUGCUGAAUACGUCCGGGAAGAAGGUCAGACAACUAUCUGUUGGUCAGAGCGGAAACCGUUUCGCAUGUUUAACAGGAGGGUAUAUUGCGGCUAUUACUGGUGGUAUUUAUAGGAACGAACUUAUUAUCACCAACCAAUUAGGUGAGGUCAUCCACACGUGGAGUGGAGAACUGGAGAAUGGUCAGAAGCUGUCACUGACAAAACAGAAUACUAUAGCUUGUGAUAGAUAUGACCGAGUAUUUGUACCGGACAUCGACACCAACCAGGUGUACGUCAUCUCUACAGGAAGUGAGAAACAAGCCAAGUCUUUCCUGGACAAGGAGCAUGGCGUUGAGUCUCCGACCAGUGUGUGUGUAGACAAGUGUGGACAUAUUUGGAUCGGCUGUGUUAGUGGCAGAGUUCAUGUGGUACAUCUGUAA